UACCCUGUACUACUGUUAGUAUCUGGAGUACCCACGAUAUUCCGGGAUUUUAGCACCUACACGGCCUUAACCGCUAACGGACAGGGGAAACUGGAGGACUGUUUGAAGCUGUCACAGUGGAGAUGCUUCUGUAGCCAGAAAGGCGGUAGCGGUUUAUAAGGAUACAAUAUAUUAUAGCGAGGCAUCAGAGCAAUACAACGUGUAUUAUAAUAGCUGUGUUAACACUAAUAUAUGGACUAUCGUAGUGAUCUGGAUUAGUUUUACAUGGAACCAAUAUCUUCUACUGUAUUGAUAUUAAAAUAGUGGGGAUACAUAUGUUACACACGACCAUUGUGAGAUCUCCCAUCCAUGUGGAAAACCGCGUUUAUUUACAAAUUGUGAGACGGACAGCUCAUACAACCCGGACCAAUAGUGUAUUGUGAUUAUAAAGCUGCUGACCAUUCCUUAAAGUGAAGAAAAGAUUUGUUUGAUUUCAAAAGCGGAGAGGUUACGUGUGUACGUGUCCGAAGCUUUUCAUCUGGAAAAGUUAUUAUUGAAUUAUAAUAGGAAAUAUUAUCGGAUUAUUCUCGAUACAGAGGGAUUUAUAUGGCUGUUCGUCUAUGAGCAGAUGUGAAUGUAUCAAGAUAGGAAGGUAGAGACAGGAUGCAAGUAGGACUUGGACAGAGAAAAUGAAGAUGGUGAGGGGGAGUUUGUGUAACGCCCACCUUCUGUGUAUCACCACUCUACUUUACCUUUGUCGAGCUGCAGCACCGAACCAGAACUUGCCAAACCCUAGAAUUACAGAACACCCACAGGAUGACUACUUGUCUCCCAAUAACCCAGAAACUUUGGAUUGUCGGGCAGAGGGCGACCCGAAACCCACCAUAACAUGGUAUCACAAUAACGAACGUGUGAUAACGUACCCGGAGAAUCCCUCAACUCCGAAGAUGUUAAUCGAAGACAGGAAGUUAUUUUUUCUAAGCGUUACACAUAAUAGGAAGGAAUCUGACGUAGGAGUAUAUUACUGCAACGCAACCAACAUUCAUGGCAGUGCAAUAAGCCGAAAUGCAACUCUUAAAAUUGCUGUUUUAAAAGAUAAUUUCCGAGAGUCUCCAUCUAGCCAGUCAGCUGCUGUAGGUGAAACUGUCACAUUUCACUGUCAACCACCUAAAGGAGAGCCGGAACCAACCAUAUUAUGGCUGAAAUCCAGCGAGCAAAUUCAGACUGGAAGCAGCAACAAUCGUUUCCAGGUCAAACCAAACGGUGACCUUGUCAUUACAUCCACACGGAAACGAGACGCCGGUAUUUAUAAAUGUAUUGCCAGUAACAAGGCUGGAGAGAGGGAAAGCAGUCCAGCGACACUCAAGGUUUUAGAAAAGCCAAGCUUCAGACGAUAUCCAGUGGAUGUGACAACAACAGAAGGAAAAACUAUUGAGUUCCCUUGUGAUGUGAUAGGGGACCAACCCUUAAAUGUGGAAUGGAAGAAAGAAGGAGGUGUUAUUAAAUAUGGAAGAAUGCGAAAGUUGCCAGAUCACAUGUUAAGAAUUGAGGAUGUGGAGUCAAGUGAUGCUGGAACCUAUAUAUGUGUGGCAACCAAUGCUGUAGGAACCACCGAAGCCGUGGCAACACUCACUGUGCAAUUCAAGCCGGUGUUUAUUGUAAAACCACAAGACAAACACGUAGCUGUUGGAAGAACUGUGACGCUGCCUUGUGCUGUGAUGGCAAAUCCCAUCCCAAACAUUUACUGGAACAAGAAACGGUCACUUAGCACAUCCAGUAAAGAGAGUCUGAUGUUUCCAAAUUUUGAGGAGGGUCGGUAUGCUGUGGCAACAGAUGGGACACUGAGGAUUUCCCGGGUACAAAUGGAGGAUGCUGGGGACUAUGAGUGUGAAGCUCUGAACACCCUGGGUAUCAUCACAGCCCUUGUCACUCUCACUGUCAGAGAACGUGACCCUCGACCACCCCCCAUCAUACAGAUCGGACCACAGAACCAGACCCUUCCAACAGAUGAGGUUGGCUUCCUCCGCUGUGAGGCUACCGGGCUUCCAUCACCUCGCAUACAGUGGUUUAAAGAUGUAUAUCCUGUAAAAAGUGACCCAAGAAUUAUGAUGCUUAAUUCUGGAACUCUUCAAAUCUCUGAUUUGCGAGAAUCUGAUAGUGGAACAUACACAUGUAAGGCAACGAGCGAGACAGGGGAGACAACUUGGUCAGCUGUUCUCCAGGUUGAAGCUCCAUCUUCACACCAAACAAUACCUUACCAUCGAUCCCCGGAUACUUCCUCAUAUCCUGGAGUUCCAAGUCGACCUAUUGUUACCGAGGUAACCAGUGACACUGCACACCUCUCCUGGAUCGCUAAUGCCAACCAUGGAGACUCACAAGUGUUCGCCUACAUUGUGGAAUACUUCAGUUAUGAAACAAUGGAUGGUUGGAUGGUAGCAUCAGACAAAGUCCAGCAGGAAUCCUACACCAUCACCGGCCUACAACCAGACACCAGCUACCUGUUUCUGGUUCGUGGAAAGAACUCCCACGGAAUUGGUUUACCAAGCUCAUUGUCAGACCCCAUCCGCACCAGACGCCUACCCAGAGGGGAGACUUCAGAUGACAAUUUCAGCGGGAUUAUAGUCCAGAUGAUGGAGGGAGUGCCCAUUAACUCCAGUGCUAUUCGUGUGACGUGGCGGGUCCUCAAGGAAGUCAACAUGAUUGAUAAAUUCAUAGUUCAGUAUACAGAGAUUCUUGAGCUCCAACGAUUAUUCCGCGGCAAAUCGUAUCGACAGACAGUGGGUACAAUGUACCGUGCCUUUACUCUAAGUCACUUGAAGAGUUCCACUUGGUAUGAAGUUUGCGUAAUGGCAUAUUACAAUGGUAAUUCACACACACCCUGCAGUACACCACUCAAGGUUCAGACAUCCGAGUCGCGGCCCACAGCCCCACCCGAGGACAUUAUCAUCCACAAAGAGAGUGACAGUAGUAUACAUAUCCAGUGGCUUCCUCCACCCAAAAGUCACCGCAACGGGGAAAUCCGUGGUUAUGAGGUGGAAUGUCUGAGCUCCGACAAUAAACACAACUGUAGCAUACGAGUAAACGGAACAACAAACCAAGCAACAAUCAAACGGCUUGACGCUGACAUGACGUACACAAUCAAAGUGGCUGCACGUACCAUCAAGGGAGCCGGAGUCUGGAGCAAGGCAUUCAUUGUUGGGCCAGAACAGCCGAGUAUUAUGAAGGAAACCUGGUUUAUUGGAAUGCUGAUUGGAACUAUUGGUGGGACCUUGUGGAUUGCCCUGUGUAUUUUUAGUGUGUGGCUUUGUCGUAAACGUUCCAAUAAAAAGAAACUGAUGAAGAAUGGAAUGUACAGUGUUCCGAUGCACAAAACGGAGGACACGAAAACGUGUAACUCUUUUUAUAGAAAUGGUUACGGACAGAAGGAUGUACACAAUUGUGUUGGAGGUAUGGGUUCUCCAUCCCCUGAGGCCUCUAACUUACUUGAUCAGAAGGACAUGGAGUUACAGGACCAGAAUAUCUAUAACAUCCCACAGAUGAAGACCUUCUACCACAAGAAAGAUCCUGUUGCACCCUAUGCCACAACCACGUUAAUAAAUGCUGGACUAGUUAACGCGGGUAGCAUGGGCCGACCAACACCCGGAAUGGAUCACAUGUUCCGUCCAAUCACAGGUACCAGUGGUGGGUCAGGCGAUAGUUGCUGCAAACACGAGCAUGGCAGUAGUGACUCAAACACGGACAACAGUCGGCCAAACACAGGUAUACCACAUGACCACAGCGAUGCCAUGCAGAGUCCGACCAGUGACAGUGGCAGCCAUACGACAGGUAAAUACGAUGAAAAUGGAUUGCUAAUCAAACGAGGGAAGAAAUCUCAGAAACAGAUGGCACAGCCCAAGCAGGCAAUGGUGAACUGGGCUGAGUUUUUACCUCCACCUCCUGAACACCCCCCUCCCAAUGAAGUGGCACACCCGGGCAAUCUUGUCAUGAAUGAAAACCCGGGCAACAAUUUAGAAUAUGCCGAAGUGAGCUCCGAAAGAGCCGGAGGGACAAGAAGUCCCAUUUCUCCUAUGUCUAAAAUCUCCUCAUGUUCUUGCCCAGUACCACAUAAUGGUACUCAGAACUGGAAUGUGCCAGCUUACUCAGACAAUGGCUGUGUGCGCUGUAGUUCUCCCAAAUAUUGUGAGAGUUGGCACUACAACCCAGCCCAUUAUAGUGUUAUCCAACAGCGCACACAGUCCCCCCGAAAUGCGGACACAUGGGGGCAGAGGACAAUCGCGUGCAUGCACCCGUCAUCACGGGGCACCCCUGUAGACAUGCGAUGUGCAAGAACAUGUCACAGUGAUCAGGAACAGGCGCCCAUGCCUGUUUUACAUAACUACAAGAUAGCACCUGGCCCGAGGGAUGCCGAGUGUUACCAGUGUAUGAGUGACAGUGACCGAGGCUCGGGGGGCUAUCACACCCUCAGGGGCUGCAGGAUGAACAGUAUUCACGGGGGUUCAGGAUCUGAUGGAGGGGGUGGUGGCACGGCAAUGGACCGUGCCUGUCAAUCCUCUCUACCCAGUGUAGCCAAUGAGUGUAUCCACCCUGCAAUGUACCCUCCAAGGUAUGAAGUGACAGAAAAUGGCCAGCAUAUGAGUUUAGCUAUGGAAGGGUACAACAGGAAUGCUGAUUCACCCACUUCUGAGGGGGGUCUCGACUAUGUCGGUGAGUCAGAUGUGGAGGUCCCUACAGGGAGAAUUCCCCCGGGCCAUGAGUGUCAGUCACUCCCAUCAGGUCACCAGUGUCAGUCCCCUCCCCAGGGCCAUGAAUGUCACAAUGAUGAGGGGGACGUUAAUGUUGAGGACAGCUGUAAUGACUCAGGGUCAAUGUUAGCAUCAUGGGCCAGUGUUACUGACCAGAGUAACACAGAUUGCAGUAGUGUGCGGUCUAGUGCAGCCAGCUCUAGUGAUGGAUCCUUCCUUACAGAGGCUGACUUUGCAAGUGCUGUAGCUAAAGCAGCAGAAAUGUCAGGUCUCACUGUUGUUGGUACAACUGUCUGUGAUCCGAAAACAGGAAAACCAGUGAAAAGACACCGGCGCCACCACAGGACUGCUCGUCCUAGUAGUCCAUACAGUACUGACAGUAACUUCAGCGCAGUCGUACAUAAACCCUACCCAAAGUCACAACGAAAGAAACAGCUGGUAGAACGGGGAAAGCGUGGGAGUGAGAGCAAAAAACAUGACCCAUCUCCUAUUCCCGAGGGUCAGGUCACGCGACACGGCAUACAAGAAGGUUCCUGUGGUGUAGCUAACGUUUGAGAUAGUCAAGUUAUUCUAGUCAUCGGAGGUUGCCAUGGUUAUGCGAGCAAAGGUGUGUCUGUGAUAUAAUUGAGUGUUGUUGCUGUUCUACAAAGGAUCAAGAAAUCCAAUCGCAUUUUCGAGGAAUUAUUAACACCUGAGAAUGCGUGUGAUGGACAGCCGUUGUUGAUGUUACACGUUGGAGACUACAAUUUUCGAAAGGUCAUCCCAGACCUGUGUUUCUCCGUGACGAGUUUGAUGGUGAUGUACAAUAUGGCUGCCAACAAACAAAAUGGCCAUCAGUGUAAUACUGUUCAAAGAAAUCCAGUCUCCCUAGAACUGCUGUGUUACUUUAAUCCACCAAAUCUUCCAUGCAAAUUGUUUUGCUAAAUUAAGCCACUUUAACUGUGAUGCGAUUUAGUCCUAGUGCAGAGAACAUUGUCUGGCUUUAAUUAUCGUUAGUUGUUUGUGAUAUGCCAAAGACUUGACUGUGGUCAGCCAAAUGUCUGACAAUCUGACCAGUAGACUGACCAGGUUUGGUCAGCAGUCCAAUAGCUAAACCACUGUUGGUUAGUUAAUUUCUAGUGAAGAGGAAGAAAUGUGCGACGCCUCACAAUUGUCUUCCCUCAAAAGACUUGUUUGAGUGAAACGGGAAACUCCUGUUGCCAUAGUGAUGAAUAUGUGUUACUAUGUGAGCAAUACAGAAAAAAAAUAGACUCUUGGUUGCUGAGAAAAAAAUAGCUAAUAUAUCUGAUUGGCCUCUAAAGAGGUUUGGAACUACCUCUGGUUUGUUGGUCUCAUGGUGAGUCCAUUUGGUCCACCCAUUGAUUCCUGGUUGGUCCAGGUUGAUCCUGUUCAUCCUAAGGCUUGUUAAGUAUAGAGGGCCCUUUCUGAGGAUGGUCCAUUGUGGUCAGUCCCAUUAAUUCUGAGGCUUGACCCAUUAAUUCUGAGACUGGUCCCAUUCAUUCUGAAACUAGAGUCGUUAAUUCUGAGCUUGGUCCAAUUAGUUUUGAAACUAGACUCAAGUGAUUUUGAGGCUGGUCCUAUGUGAUUCCAAUCUUGAAGUGCAAGCAAUAUGUGAAUGUAACUGAACAAUGAAGACAUUAGAGACAAAUUAAUCAUGUUCUGUUACUGUGGUGACAAUAUAAUUUAUCAGAAGAUCAUGUGAUAUUAGCCAGUCACAGUGGGUUGUUUCAGGUCAUCUCAUUCCUCAGUAGGGGUGUUCUUGGUGAUCAGUGUACUGCCAAAUUGAGUUAGGAGUAUGUAUGUGUUCCUCCCUGUAGUUAAUGUACUUGUUAGCUGACAAUGGCGAACCCUUUCAUUCGUCGGACAGCAAGUGGGAUCUAUGUGUAUCAUCUAAUAUUGUGUUGAGCAACAGCCAUUAAAAUCAUUUACUGGCCAAAGUUCUAGAAUUUAUUGGAAAAAGUACAUUGAUUAUUUAAUAUUUGCAUAAUAUAUGUGUAUAUAUAAAUACAUACAUAUAUAUAAUAUACAUUUACUUUCUUUAGCCUGUUAAUCUCUCAAAAGAUAUUGGAACGUUCCAUUGACUUUAGGAGUGUUCCAAUGUUUUUGUAGGGGGAAGUGUUUAGUGGUUAUUUGUUAGAAUGUUACUCUAGAUAAUGUAACGUCAGGAUUUCAAUUGUCUCGUAAUUUUUAUAACUAUUCACUAUUUAAAAUAGUUUGAAGAUAAACUUACCUUUCUUUCUACGAAGGAAUAAAAAUAAGUUUUAAAAACGUAAGAAAGGUUCCCUCCAUUUGCCCAGGUCUCUGAUAGCUGUAGAUUAGGUGUAUCAAACCAAAAUGAAAGGCAGGCAAAGAUGGAGAGAGAAAGAGACAGCCAGACAGAGAGAGAGAGAGACUGACAGAGAGAGAGAAGGAGAGAAGAAAGGAGAGAGAAAAGCUUGUAGAAUGAAAUAGAAAGCAAGCGAGAAUUUAAAAUGGUGCUUUAUGAAGACUAGCGAUACAUAUUAGUGCAUUUGCUGUCAUUUUGGGCUUUAAUUAAUGUUACCAUGGUAACCGUUUCAAACUCAUUCCAUUCAAGGCAAUAUACACUUUAAAAAUAUAGAGGAGUUGUUUGAAGGGAUAAUUUGUGUUCCUUCUGUUGGCCAAAGGGAGAUAACUCCCAUCAGACCUGUAUCAUUGUACAAAAUACCCCUCAGCAAUAAACAUGUUAAGAUUCCAGCCAUUUAUAUGUAUUGAGGUUAGUCAAAAUAUAGAAGAUUAAUUUAUUUAUGGAUAAACUGUACAUAGUCAUUUGUUAUUGUAUAAACCAAACAACCAUGUCCUCAGUUUCAGAUUUUGACUGCACAUUCUUGAAUAGAACAGAUGAAUAGCUUAACCUGUCUCCCCUACAAUAUCUAAUUGAACAGGCCAGUUUACCACUUCAGUCAUUUGAAAAAAAAAGAAAAUCUUGUAAAAUUCCAAACAACAAAUCUGUAAAUCUAUCCUUCAGUCAGACAUGAAAAUAUUUUAUCGGGAAUCAACAUCUAGUUUUUUAUAGGGUAGGUUGAGAAAUUUCAAAUGAAUUUGAAUACUUGGCUUAUAAGUGGUUUCAAUAAUCAUCAUAUUUAUCCUCAAAUAAGCUCCCUUCUCUAGUUAAUACAUGUGUUAUUUAUCAAAGUUUGGGACGGCUCAUUUGUGAACUUCUUUAAGCCUACUAUUUUGAAAUUGAUAAUUUUGCUAAAUUUAAGAAGUGGGUUUAUUUGCAGAUAAAUAUGGCAGUUUCCUGGUAGUAAAAUAUGUUGUAUGUAUGAUGGUUAUAAGCUCAGACGUUUUGAGAGGACGAAAAAGAUCUACAUAUGUAUAUGCUUCCACUUACGUGCAAUAUUUCGUUUUGCUCAACGUAACUUUUGUUCAGUUCUUGACUAGGAUCGUUUAAUUUAUUAUCAGUAGAGUAGAAAUUCUGUCACUGGUUUUUUCCCUGCAAUCUUUAGGUGACUUUAAAUGUCACAUAGGCCAAACAUGUAACAGAUUGAUUAACCACUGGAAUCCUUACCCUAUGAUGUCUACAUGCUGUAUAAUCAAUUUCGAUAUUAACCACAUACCAAUCCAAAUUUAAUACCAAGUUCAGGGUUGUCUGUAUGUUAGAGGAAAAAAUGAAUUUUGUUUGUUUGUCCUUUUUAUUUUGUUUUGUUUUUGUUCUGUUGAAAAUGUGACGUGUAAAAGUUAAGUCCCCAAGUUAGCAAUUUUGUGUAAAUCUGUAUCUUAAGGACAUUUGUAAGUAUAGUAUAUUACUGGACACAUUUAGUGCUCCUCUGCGAUGAAGAUCUGUGGUUAAGUUGUUACUAGGUACAGAAUUUACAAUUCUCUCAUGGUCAUUCAUGUCAUUAUCAUGUCAGUUUCUCAUCAAAUAAAAUAAAUAUUGCUAAA